AAAAAAAACAAAAAAUAAAUAAAACAUAAGUGCAAAAAAAGUAAAUCCACCAUAAACGACAAAACCGGUUAUCGAAUAGCAGAUACUAAACAUUGUGCAGAAAGAUAAACUAAUAAACAACACUAAGAAAGCAGCUUCAGAAAUAGGUCGUCAGUACAAAGAAAGGUCAAAACAAUAGGAUACGAAAAGUUUGAGGCAUUUUCGAAGUUUUGAAUAUAUUAAAUUCAGCCAAGGUUGCACAUCCAAGUGGAAUAUCGAAAUUGGUAUCUAUAUAGUGGUACGAGUAUUCACAGGCAAAUAAAUAGAAUAACAAAGGGGAAAAUCAGAAUAUCAAUAUAAACAUAAAGGUGGGCACACACACACAAACACACCCGCCAACAACAGCCAAUCAUGUCAGCUCGAAGUCAUCCACAAAUGGCACCACCGCCACCACCUCCCAAACCAAACAAAUCCCCCACCAAUCCCACAUCAUACGAAACCUAUGCAGCAAAUGGCAACGGCAUUUUCGCGUAUGGCAACGGAAAUGGUAAUGGGAGCGCUAGUGGCAGUCGCAGUGGCAGCAUAUCCUCGUUGACAGACAAUCAGAAUAGCUUACUGCGCCACAAUCAGAACGUCAAUGGCCGUAGGUCGUGUCACACGCCACCGCGCACUGAUCAAGAGCAAGUCGUAAUGACGCCCAAAGGUAAAACAGCCAACAGUACGGUUAUACUGAUCGAACGUAAGCUGGUGGAUGAGAUAAAUGAGCGCGUCCAUGUGGCGGGUGGUGAUCACACGGGCAUUAUAAUAAAUAAAGAUACUGUGAGCGGACAGAAGAGUGAAAAUGUGCCGGCACAACUGUCGCUGGAAUUUCGUGUAUUUCUGGUGAGCGCCAAUAGCGGCAAACAUUCACAGGAAUCGCGUACACUGCGCUUCUGGUUCCGACAAUGGUUGCGCAACGACGAGAAGCAGGCACAAAUUGCACAGGAUUUCUUCAAGGAGCUGGUCAGUCCGAAGGAUUUCCCAAGAGAUUACGUUGGCUUCAUUAAAAAAAUCAUGAAACUACUGCAGCGCGGCUACGAUGAGAUACAAUCGUUGGAAAUCGAAUUGCGUAUACUGGAGGAAACGGCAGAGCCACCAUCACGACCGCCUCGCGACGGUUACAUUAUUUAUUGUUAUGGUGAUUGUAAUCGCAAAUUCGAGGAGGCUCUACAGGCGCAGCGUAAAACAGUUUCGUUGGAGGAGUCACAAAUUGAGUCGCCACCAUUGACGCCGGAAAAGGUGCUCGAAUUAAUUGAACAGGCCUAUCCAAAUCCGGUCACACCAGAAGAUUUAUCUAAAGAUUAUGGCUGGGAGGAGGAAGAUGUACUAUUGGUAUUCAUGUCACUUAAGGAGCGUGGACUUAUCAAGUCGAUGGAAUACAAUUCAUACACAAGAAUACAUCAUGAAGACAAAGAAAUUAAGGUUGUUAAACAAAUGCCCACAAUCGCUUCGAAUAAACAACCCACCAUUGCCAUUAUAACGGCGCAAUAUUGUGAGAAACUUGCAGUGGAUGCCAUGUUGGAAAACAAGGAAACAUUUGUGCGCUAUACUACAGUCGACUCCGAUCCCAAUUUAACAAACACACUCAGAAAAUCUAAAAAGAGAAGAAGAUUCGGCGAAUCGAAUGUCUACACCUUGGGCAACAUUGGCGCUCAUCGCAUCGUCAGCACGAAAUUACCUUCGGUUGGCAGCACCCGCGAAGCUAUGACCGCUACAGGCAAUACAACGACACGUUUACUUGGCACAUUCCAGAAGGUCGACUACGUAUUCAUAGUGGGCGUGGCCGGUGGUGUGCCACAUUAUACGGAUUUCAAAAAGCAUGUACGUCUAGGUGAUGUGGUCAUUUCGUAUGUGGAUAAACAGCGUGCGCUAUUGAGCAAAAAUGAGAAACCCUACGUUUAUGUCUACAAGAGUGGUGAAGAUGUGAAGACCUAUUUCCCGAUCAAUGACUCCCUGCAGCAAAUCGCUGAAGGCUUGCAGGCCAACAUGGAAGUAAAGCGUCCGUGGGAUACUUAUCUGCGCGAAGGAUUGUCAUCGCUGAUGCAGAAAACAGAAAGUGACUUUAAUCGCCCUGCCGCCAACACAGAUAAGCUUUUCAUGAAUAUCGGCAACAAUGAGGUAAUCGAGGUGGCACAUCCGAUCGCCACCGACACCGUCGACGGUGUGCCACGGUCCCGCUUACAUCUUGGGCCCAUUGGGUCGGGCCGUGAUCUGGUGCGUAGCGAUAAUUCGCGCAUGGAUUUCGCAAAGAAAUAUGGUUUGCUCGCCACAGAUGUGGAAAUGAGUUCAGUGCUGGACAGCAUUAUCGGCAAUUGCAGAGAGAGCUUCAUAUUGGUGAAAGGUAUUUCCGACUACAAGGAUGGCAUGUCGACACGAAAAUGGCAGAAUUUUGCUUCGCUGGCGGCCGCAGCUGUGGUGAAAUCGGUGAUUUGUGGCAUGGAUGCGCCCACAAAUGUUUAAUUAGCAAGCAUUUAAAAAUAUUUUAUUAUUACAUAAAUAUUAUUACUAUAGCGCAAAGUAAAUUAUUUUAAAGCUAUGCACGGCUAUGCAUAACAGCUAAUUGUGUAAAUGUUAAGAAAAAAAGAAAAGUGAACGCAUUUAGAUUUCUUUAUACUGACAAUGAGACAUAAAUACAUAUAUACGACAAAUAUUAAUCCCUACAUACAAUCACAAUAAAAAAUAUCUGCAAGAAUACCGAUUUAUACUAAAUAACUCUUUGAGAUUUACUAAAGUUACAAACCAAAAAAUAGAAGCCUUUUGCUGAAGCACAUUUCUUAUUAUUUAUUUUAACUUUUUUUGUGGAAAGUAAUUUUUCCAUAUGUCUUUAUUGCAAUUUAUGUUCAUAAUCGGAGUUUUGAUAAGAUGAUGAAAAAUGGUAAUAAAAUUGUGUCCUUGUUUUUUGUAAUGAUUUUUGUUAUAUUCUAUUGAAUUGUUAAUUUUUGUAUUG